GGACCUGUUUUUUUUUUUUUUUUAAUUGGUGAGCAGAAAGGGUAUACACGUGUGACCUGUCUGAUCUUCCAGAAACUUCUUGGUAGAUGAAAUUUCCUAAGCCCUUUGCUUCCCUGUAGCCACUAGGCUGAGGAUCCGUUUCUAUACAAACAGCACCGAGAGGCCCCGGGGCCAGCAGCAGCUGCCCAGACAUGCAGGGAGCUGACCAAGCCCACAUGCUCCAACCCUUGGGGCUGGCUGCUUCUGAGGGACGCACUGUAGGCGUGAUGGCACUUCUCAGUAAUUGAGGAAUGUCCCCAAAGGGCAUGUGAAGUGGAAAUUGUACAGAGGCAAAUACCGUUGUGCUACUUACUCAAUUUGUUUUUUCGGUAAAUCGUCUCUUUUUCUUUGUUGCAGAGAUUAAAUGGGCAGGAGAGCCAAGUGGAAUGAUUUAGUCCUGUCUGCGGAGACUUGAGUUUCUUCUUAGAAGCUUUUCCAUUUAUGAUGAGGGAGCUUGUCAUACUGUGAUUUUCACUUAUUUCUUGACAGGCUACAGUGAACACAGGUGUGCAAGAACCAUUUACCAUGGAAACCAGGGAGCUUGGGAGCCCCACCCCCACCUACCAUCUCCUUCCAGAAGCCAGCCAGCCCACGGUGGAAGAAGAUGCCAGCCCGUCACCUAAAGAGCCCCUGGAGACCAUGCAGCUGAAGAAAGAGAUCUCCCUGCUGAAUGGGAUCAGCUUGGUAGUGGGCAACAUGAUUGGCUCAGGGAUUUUUGUCUCACCUAAGGGUGUGCUGAAAUAUACUGCCUCCUAUGGGUUGUCACUGACUGUGUGGGCAAUUGGUGGGCUCUUCUCUGUUGUGGGUGCCCUUUGCUAUGCAGAGCUGGGGACCACCAUUACCAAGUCAGGGGCCAGCUAUGCAUAUAUUCUAGAGGCCUUUGGGGGCUUCAUUGCCUUCAUCCGCCUGUGGGCCUCACUGCUGAUUGUUGAGCCUACCGGUCAGGCCAUCAUUGCCAUCACCUUUGCCAACUACAUCAUCCAGCCCUCUUUCCCCUCCUGCGAUCCUCCGUACCUGGCCUGCCGUCUCCUCGCUGCUGCUUGCAUAUGUCUGCUGACAUUUGUGAACUGUGCCUAUGUCAAGUGGGGCACACUUGUGCAGGACAUCUUCACUUACGCCAAGGUCCUAGCGCUCAUUUCCAUCAUUAUCAUGGGCCUUGUUAAGCUGUGCCAGGGACACUCUGAGCACUUUCAGGACGCCUUUGAGAAUUCCUCCUGGGAUAUGGGAGCCCUCUCUCUUGCUCUCUACUCUGCCCUCUUCUCUUAUUCAGGUUGGGACACCCUUAAUUUUGUGACAGAAGAAAUCAAAAACCCAGAAAGAAAUUUGCCCUUGGCCAUUGGGAUUUCUAUGCCGAUUGUGACACUCAUCUACAUCUUGACCAAUGUGGCCUAUUACACGGUGCUGAGCAUUUCGGACAUCCUCGGCAGUGAUGCUGUGGCUGUGACAUUUGCUGACCAGACAUUUGGCAUAUUCAGCUGGACCAUCCCCAUUGCCGUUGCUCUGUCCUGUUUUGGGGGCCUCAACGCCUCUAUCUUUGCUUCAUCAAGGUUGUUCUUCGUGGGCUCCCGUGAGGGCCACCUCCCAGACCUUCUAUCCAUGAUCCAUACUGAGCGUUUUACUCCUGUCCCUGCUUUACUGUUCAACUGUGCCAUGGCGCUCAUCUACCUCAUCGUGGAGAAUGUCUUCCUGCUUAUCAACUACUUCAGCUUCAGCUACUGGUUCUUUGUGGGCCUCUCUGUUUUUGGACAACUCUAUCUUCGCUGGAAGGAGCCUGAGCGGCCCCGGCCUCUCAAGCUCAGCCUGUUUUUUCCCAUCGUGUUCUGCAUAUGCUCCGUGUUUCUGGUGAUUGUUCCUCUCUUCAGUGACACCAUCAAUUCCCUCAUUGGCAUUGGGAUCGCCCUUUCCGGGAUUCCUGUCUACUUCAUGGGUGUUUACCUACCAGAGACCCGCAGGCCACUUUUUAUACGGAAAACCCUGGCUGCUAUCACCAGAGUCAUCCAGAAGCUGUGCUUUUGUGCCCUGACCGAGCUAGAUGUAGCUGAAGAUAAAAAGCUUGAGAGUAAAACUGACUAGAAGCCUGAGGUGACUUCCCUUGUCUCCUGGAAAGCUGACCACCUGUGGCCAGAGCCACCAAAGUCCAGAUUACAAGACUUUGUGGGUCCAAUCCUGAAUUAAAGGAGCCUGUUGACCCACAUAAUAUAAGGGGGCUUAGGGCCAAUACUCACUCUCAUUGGUAAGCUGUGGGCAGAGACUUGGGGCCUGGGACAGCCUGAAGGUUGGGACUUCAGUGGGUGGGUGAGUGGGAUGAGAUUGGGGAUCAGGGGAUGGUCAUUGGUUUUGCUGCUGGUGGGUAGGAGCAGCCCUGACAGACUUACUUGGUAAGUUGCAGUUGAGGAAUCUGGACUGCUGGGUUGAUCUGUAUGGAUGUUGGUUUCUGGAUUGAUCUUGGAACCAUGAGUGUAUACAAAGGUGCUGCUUUUGAGGGAGUUUCCACUGACAGGUCUUAGCACCCUACUCUGAGGCAUGAAAUGCUGUCCUGUCUUCCUGUGCGCCACAGCUUUUCCCUGGGAGAGGGUUAUAUUCCUGCGGGUGGUGGGAACAGGUGGCUUGUUUCACUGAUGCGGGUGCAGUGAGUCCCCUCUGCCUGAGCUCUCCAAGAGUUCAGCUGCUCUGGAACGUGACAGCUGCUCUGGAAUUCCACACUCAGACAAUAAGCCUGAAAGGCAGAAGUUUCUUCAGGGUCCCAGAAGUGGCCAUCGAAUGUCCUGUCAAGGUUGGCUCUUUGUUCUGCAUCUGUCUGCUCAGGGAGCCACAGGAUCUCACUAUUGUGUAAAUUGGUUCUCUCCUUGAGGAGCCUGCUUGUCUGGAUUUGCUUGGAUUACAUUUGUACUUGUGGUCAACCUCCUUAAGAUGAGCUUCCUGGUUAGAGCCACGUCUCUUCAUCCCUGAAACAAGGGCUGAGGGGAAACCUGCUCCAGCUGAGGGGAGCAGCUCUGCAGCUAACUGGACCUGUGCCCACUGCCACCAAACUCCUGAGCGUCAUUUUUUAUUGAUAUUAUUUAAUCCAGAACAAUUCUGGCAAAGCGUUAUGUUCCUUUGUCUAUGGGAUGCAAUAGAAUCAACUGUGUGUCAACACCGAGUCCCUCUCCCCCGGAGGCAUCUCUGUAGCAAGGCCGAUUCUGACCAGUUUUAUGCUCAGUGUAGCGCAAUGUAGUUGAAUCUCAUUUGCAAAGGCGAGAACCUCAACCAUUUCUUUGCUCAUGUACAUGUUAUACUUCAGAUCACGUUACAAGCAAGUGGCUCUGGUUCAUCAAGGACAAAAACUCAUGAGUCAUAAGUUUGGUAAUAUUGCUGUUUUGAAGGAUAAUCCUGUUUUACUUGACACUUGGUCUCUGUUCUAGUUGAUAGUCAAUCUCCAGGCUUCUGGUGUGAACCUUAAGAGGGUUGAAACAGAGAGGGCUGAAACUGCUGAAGUUCAGGUGGAUCAGCUGGAUCCUUUCAGCUGUCAGUGCUUGGAGAACAUCUCAUGGGCCCAUGUCAUCAGAGAGCCCAUUCCUUUGGGAGCUGAUGUGAGAGCUGCUGUGCAGGCCAAAGCAAGCCCACCCUGGUGCUACAAGUGGCCGUUUUCUGUUCCGAAAGCCUCUCGCCAGGCUGAUCUCCUGUGUUCCCAGCACCAGGGUCUGUUUACACUCUGAGCCACCUGGUGUAGAUCAUCGGGAUAGCACACUCCUGUCCUUACCUCCUCUGGCCCCUGAAGUCUGGUGGGGCUACAGUCUCAGGAAGAGCUUUGUACUUGUCUGGACUCUUGUUUUUCUCCCUGUGAAGAUCAGUGAAGACUUGGAGAAAAGCUGCUUCAGUCUCCCUCUGCACCUCAGCUGACUGUAUGAGUGGAAGUAACCAAGUCUGGUACUCAAGAUUGGGCUUUAAUGCUCAGUAAUGGACUUCCAUCAUGGGCAGGAGGAGGGCUGCGCUGGAUUCUACAGUUCUGUCAUGCCCCCAAAUACUGUCAUCUUGGGCCCAGAGAACCUGCAGGCUUCAUAGGUCCUUCAGUAAACUCCUGGACCACUGUUAUCCAUGAACCUGAUCCUAUUACAGACAGGGGAGUAACUCUGGUAUGUCCUUGCUCAAUCAAUAAGACUUAAGGGAGCCUGAUCAUUGUUGCCUUUAUCUGAGGGCAUGCAUCCGUGAGAGCAUGGGUAGACAUUCCUGCUGUCACAGGUUGGGGAUUUGUGCAGCAAAUCCUGACAACAGGGGUCCUGAACAAAGACUUGCCUCAACAUUAAGAUGAUUUAUGCUCAGGCCAAACUGGCACCUAUCCCAGGGCUCCUCUAGAGCUAAUCCUUUUCUAUAGUGUAUACCUCAGGGACCCUGACCCUGGCUUUAGCUAAUAACCAGCCAUUUCCCGGAAUUUACUGCCCUCAAGUGGCACCUAGAGGAAUCAUGGGACUCAUACUCCAGGUGCACCCUGGUAUUUGGAGAGCCUUGUUGCCCUUAUUACUGGAUCAAUGAGAACAUUCUUCCCCCUGGGUGAUCAGUGAAAGCCGAAGACUCCCUACUGAACUCAAGCUUUUUGACAAUUAUUUUCCAUCAGUUCUUUCAUGUCUCCUUAAUUCCUUCUUCUAGUGUGCUAAUCAGUUUGCAGUGGGAAUGGUUUGUGAAAUUGUGAGCCCUAUAAUGUUGGCAAAGCUAAUGAAUACAUAAACAAAAAUGAGCACAUUA